UUCUGAGCUGAGAUAUGAAAUAAUUCAUUCAAUAAGCCAUAAAAUAUAAAAUGGCUGCUGGUGGAUUAUGCUCCAUUCAUUUAAAAAAAAGCUUCAUCUUGCAAAACUAUAAUACUGGCGUACAGCUUCCCAGAGCAAUAUUUUAUACAUAUGCAGUACCUUUAAAAAUUUUGAGCCAGGAAAUAAAGAAUUUAACAUUAAAACAGAAUUCGUGCAUUUUAAAAAUGCAACACGAAAAUGGCAAAAUUAAUUCAACUCAAGAAAAUGCAGAACUUCAAUGCUUGUUUUCUACGAUAAAGAUAUACUCAUACAAAUUGAGCAUGAUAAAAAAAGAAUUACUACUCAUCCAUGGAAAAGUGUUGAAAUUAAGAAAAACAAUGCUGCUGAAUUUCAAUCGUUGUUAGAAAGGAUCGAGGUACUAAUUAAGAUGAUUACUAAGCAUGUCAAUUUGACUAAGUGCCAAAAAAACUCAAAAGUUAGCGGAUCACUAGGAAAUGUACUCAUUGAGCUAAGCGUGAUGAAAGACUUGGACAGAAAAGACAAACUAUUAAUA